UAGUUUUGGCGGAGUUUUGAAAUUGGGCCACCCUUCUCUUACAUAGAGACAAAGAGAAUAUGAGGGCCUAAUUUGAGUUGCAGUUUCUUAAAAAACCAGUACGAUAUUCUAUACCCAAAUCAAAGUUAACCGCAUAACGUUGCUUCUCAAAGAAUCAUAAAUUAUCUUCACAAAGAACCAAAACAGUCCAUUGUUGGAGUACACCGAGCUGUUUCCUUUCUCCUCCACCACGAACCAACAGAUUGAAACAGAACCACUGAGUCGGUGUAAAAAUGUUGCAGCGUCUUCUUAGUGAUGGCAGGUGUACAAGUUUCGUUCAAGAAUUAGUGGAAGAGCUACAUACUCGUUUUUCAAGUAAACAUAUAUCAGCACCGGUUCAACUACCAGAAGAUAUCAUAGCUGAAGUUCUAAAAAGAAUUCCUGUUAAAAUGCUGGUACAGUGUAAAUCCGUAAGCAAAUCAUGGACCAGAAUCUUAAUGGAUCCAAUUUUCAUAAAUAUGCAGUUUCAUUUCCAUUCACCCACGCGCAUCGUACUCUCAAAUGUAAACCACACAUAUUCCAUAUCUGUAUCUUUACCUCUUAACCCUAACCCCAACUCUGUUCUCAACACUCAGCAACUUUGCCCUCCUCCAUGCGAACAUGGAUUCUGCAUCAAAGAUUACUGCAAUGGUCUAUUCGUUAUAACAGUAAGGCAUGAAAAAUCUAUCAUCCUUUGGAACCCUUCUAUUUCACAAUAUAGGGUGCUACCACCCUCACCAUUCUUUGAAAAUCAUUGUUCGCGUGGGUUUUCAAGAGAUAUUUGUGCAAUUGGUUACGAUUCUUCCAAAGAUGAUUAUAAAAUGAUCACAUCUACUUUUUUCUAUGGCGCUAGGAUUUUCGAACUUCUCUCUUUAAAUUCCAAUUCUUGGAAGCAGCUUCCAGAUGCUGAAUCUGCUCCUUAUCAUAUGGAAACAUUUCUUCAGCGACCCGUAUCCAUAAAUGGUUCCAUAUUUUGGAUUGCGUCUGAUAAGGCGUCCUAUAAGCAUAUGAUUAUGCGUUUUGAUGUAUGUCAAGAGAGGUUUUCACUCCUGCCAGCACUACCGGAUGUUAAUGUAAGAAAUGUAUGUUGGAUUGGUGAUAUCAACCAAUCUCUCUGCACUUAUUACUUGAGUAAUAAUAGCUACUUUCAUAUAUGGUCUACACGAGAUGCUUUCAAUUGGGUAAAACUCAUCACUGUUUCCAUGAUCCCUGAGCCUAACCCCCGAACUCCAAGCCUUUAUUAUGUUCCUUUGUGUUUCACUGAAAAUGGAGAGCUACUGAUAAGUCUUCGUGGUUAUGGUAUUUUUGAUCGAAGGCGUGGUUUGGCUGCUUAUGAUCCAAAUGAACAAAGCUAUCGAAGAUUUGUUUUGGAAGAAAACACAUACUGGUUGGAAGAAGCUGUUUACAGUGACAGUUUGUUUUUUCCUAAAGAACCUUCAGAUCAAGCAUGUUCUCAUUCUUCUUCGGGUUUCCUUAAGAAAAUGUUGCUCCGAUUUUCACACACCAUUUUUAGUCAUUUGGCUUGUAAUGCUACCUCUGACUGAACAUAUAUUGGAUCGAACUAGCCGGAAAGGAUUCAAGUCCAUGCAAGGCCAACUUCCUACCAAAUAGUAACAUGGCUGCUAAAUCCUACUCCACAAGCAAGGCCAACUCUGCACUUCUUUAUUCUCAUCACUGGUGACGUGUAUACUAACAUCAGCAAAAAGAUGUUCUUCAAAAGCUUGAUCAGCAAUCGGGAAGAAGGUUAAGAAGUAAUGCUUAUCAACAAUUCAAUUCCUCCCCUACAAACUAGGCUAGCAGUAACCCCAAAAUAUUAUAUGUUUAGUACUUCAAAUUAUUUGUCCUCUUUAGUUCGAAAGCAUGUAUGUCUUUCCUUGCAAGUUUGUGGUUAACUUAUUUUGUGGUUUUAACUUAUAAGAAUGAUAUUGUGUUGUGACUUUUAUGUAUAUUUGUUAUCAUUGA